CCCUAUUGUACGGAGAGUCCACUACGUAGGGUGUAGAAUACAUCACUUCCACUGUGCACUACAUAAGGAGUACGGAGCCGUUUAAAACGCAGCCAGAAGACGCGCGCGCGCUACUUUUUUUUUGCACACGACACUCUCUGUCACUAUGGCUGCGGAGGACGCGCUAGCGAUAUAAUUGAAUAGAUUUGUGGAACCUGAAAUGGCCAAAAUGUACCACCGGGAGAAGAGUAUUCAGCUAAAGAGCAGUGCCUCAGCGCUCUAUAACAAUUUAAGUGUGCUGCGUUUGGCUCCACGUUCUCUCACCCAUUUUGCUGUUGUGCAUGCCAAUGUAGUGAACCUAGUGAGUGCCUCCUGGGAUGGGCUCAACUACUCACAUCGACAGCUACAAUCCAAAGAGGGCAACGUGGUCACCAGCUCCUCGCUCAUCAUGCAGGCAGCUUGGUGUGUUCUUCCAUCUAGAGAUCUGCUGGUUGUCACUUCUCAGAAAGGGAUUCAGAUGUAUGAGUCUGAUGGAUCUAUUAUGGUGUACUGGCAUGCACUGGACUCACCAGAGACACCCACAGCUAAGGCCAUUUUUGCAAGGGGGAUUGCUGCUGUGAGAGACAAAUACAUCUGUGUAGGGGUCUCCUCUGGGGCAGUGCUGGUUUUUGAUGUUCCCAGUAAAGGAAGUAACAUCACAUUGUCUGAAGUCUUGGAGAAACACACUGAGGCUGUCACGGACAUGGCUUCUGAGUGCUCAGGAAGUGGGGAAUACAUUGCUGAUUUGGUUAGUGCUGAUGAUUCAGGCCUUCUGUGUGUGUGGAAGUCUGGGGGGGACUUUCAGCUUCUCAACAAGAUCCCUGGAUUUGAUAUGAGUUGCUCAUCAGUGAAGAUGUGGAAAGGCACGGUCAUAGCUGCCUACGGCACAGGACAAAUCCGCCUCUAUGAGGGUGUCACUGGGAUACUGCAUGCUGAAGUUAAUGCCCAUGCUCGCUGGAUCUACUCCCUAGAUAUUGCUCCUUUCACUGGACUGCUGCUCUCAGCUGCUGAGGACUCCUUUGUUCGCGUGUGGCAUUUAAACCCAGCACCAGAAAACAACAGUGUGGAGAUUGAGCACCUUUAUAAUGAAUGUGUGACUGACACUCAGAUUUGUGGAGCCAGGUUCUGUGAUGGUGACGGCUGCGCUUUUGCUGUCACAGGCUAUGACCUAAGUGAGAUCAUCCGCUACACACAGGCAUAAAAGACUCCCUCCAAUUCUCCUGGUCUUGUAAAGCCUUUGCAAAGGUCACAACACACAGCACCAGAACAGUUUAUCUGUGAUUUGGCACAUAGUUCAGGAACAGUUAGGCUGGUCAGGCAUUAUGUCAGCAGUGCUUCACGUUGUCUGUAAAGUGGACUGCUUUGCUCUUCUUUGAGUGCAAAUUUAUUAUAAAGGUUAGCCAAACUUGUAAUGCUAAUGUUAUAGAAUACAGUUAGAUCUCUUUUAAAAUAAAGAAAAAAUAAGUGUGGCAUGUACUGUCAAGUGCACAAGUUUACAUUCCUAUUAAGAUAAAAUGAUAAAAAAGAUAAAGCGAACAAAUAUUGAAUGUCCAAUUGAUUUCUAUCUCCAUCUGAAGACAAAUUGUAUGUCCACAGCUAUUAUAUUUCAACCUCUAUUUUUGUAGAAGAAUUUUUACAUUGCCAAAAUGGGGGGAUGAAUACUUUUCACUUUCACACACACACACACACACACACACACACACACACACACACACACACACACACACACACACACACACAUAUAUAUAUAUAUAUAUAUAUAUAUAUAUAUAUAUAUAUAUAUAGAGAGAGAGAGAGAGAGAGAGAGAGAGAGAGAGAGAGAGAGAGAUAUGUAUGUGUAUGUAAAUUUAUAUAUACCAUAUGUCUAGUAUUGACUGUACAGUGUGAAUUUGUUUAUUUAUUUUUAAGAAGUAGCCCUUAAGGAAUUUUGAUGUCUUAAUUAAUGCAGUCUUGUAUGCUUAUUUGCUUAUUUGGAUAUAAUAUUAUAAAGUAUUAAAGCUUCUGGAUGGUGAAAUAUAUGAACAUUAAUAAACAAUACACAUUAAUUUGUUUUAGUUGUGUUCGGACAGUGUCACCAGUAGAUGGUGCUAAAUAUAUAAUACACACACACAAACACACACACACGCACAAUAUAAAUAGGCAUAGUUUCUGUGCAUGUCCUGUGUAUAUGUAUAUAUUUUCCUUUGCUUUCAAAAACAGGACAUUAAAAUGAUUUUUAUAACCAAAA